AUGGCCGCUUUUCUCACCUAUCUACUGCCCCUGCUGGCAUUGCCAGCAGUCCAAGCAUGCCCGACAAAACAUCACAACACGACAUGUGGCUCGGUGUCAGGAAACAAGACGGUCAACGCCUUUCAGCUCUACCCCGAGAACGCUGACUUUGACGAAAAGCGUUGCCUAGCUUACUUCAGCGUCCUCUACAACGCAAGCGUCGCGACUUGGAACCCGUACACCUCCGAGAUCAAGACCAUCCAGCUGCCCGGACUCAGUUUCGACAGCGAGCUUCACUCCAGCGGCGUCCGCGUCGAUCCUCUUGAUCGGCUGUCCAUUAUCGUCGACGCCGGAUCCGCUUUCGACACGGCAGGACAGAACAUCACCGGUGACAACAUUCUCGUAAAGUACAACCUCACGGAGGAGAAGGUCCUCUGGCGGCGCAAUUUGACUGAAGUCACUGGCGGCGUUUACGGCGGCUUCCAGGACACGGCUCACGGCCCCGAUGGCACCACAUAUGCUCUCGGCACCUUUCCCAGCAGCAUCAUCCGCGUCAGCCCCGACGGAUCCGAGGCGACUGCGUGGUACCUCAAAACACCUGCGGACCACACCAUUCACGGUUUCUCUGGCCUCGUAGCAGCGCCUGACGGCAAGUCGAUCCUCAUCGCGGACAGCUCCGAUGGACAGCUCUACCGAUUCAGUCUCGACACCGCUUCUAACGCCACUGCUCCGACACCGGCCCGGAUCCCAUUGACCUUGGCGAGCACCAUCGGCUCGGCGCUUGACGGUGCGUCGAUCCCGUCGCGGUACAAGGGCACCGUCAUCCUUGUCUCCGAUAAUGUCGAUGGCACGGUCGUGCUUCACUCGGCGGAUGCUAAGUGGGACUCGGCUGCGGUCGUCGGUACCGUCCCCAACGCAUACCUGGCUGAGGGUGGCUCGACUACGGCGACGGUGCAGAUUGGUGGCAGUGUGUACUCGGUGACUGAGUGGUUCGGCGACGACAAGGUUGCGGGCACACUGGCCGGAAACCGUACGGAGUGGCCGCUGGUUGACAUCACCGCCGAUAUUGACGCGUUCCUGGCCGCUCAGUGA